GCUCAGCCAGGGAAAGAUGCCGCACCAGAGCCAACAGCAGUGUAAGCAGCCGUGCCAGCCUCCACCAUCCCAGCCCCCGUGCCCGCCUAAAUGCCCAUCUCCAACCCCACCCCCCUGCCAACCGAAAUGCCCGUCUCCGUGCCCGCCUCCCUGCCAGCCGAAAUGCCCACCGGUGCAGCCCCCUACUCCCUGCUGCCAGGAGAAGUGCCCACCCAAGAGAAAGUAGGAAUGCAGACCGCGUGCCACCCCACCCCGCCUCCAGCUGAAAAUGGAAAGAAAAUCAUUUCUAUGAGGGAGAUGGAUGGGGCUCCACCUUUGGUGUUUUGGGGGUGUGUGUAGGCAUAGCAUCACCACCCCCUUCACUACUAUCGCUUCUAAAUGUUUUCCCCUGCUCCCCCUCAACCCCACAUUGGCUCCCCUGUAUAACAGGGGAACACCUCAGUAGGGGUAUGAGGGGUUAAGGGGCCAUUCCCACUCUCUGCUUAUGUCCUUCCACCCUCCUGCCUCCACCCCAUUCCUUCCACCACUUUGAGAAGAAGACCCCUGGAUGUGACCAGCUGUGCCCUAAUCAGAGAAUUGUGGACUUGAACCGUGGGGUCCCACCAGCAAGGCAGGGGCUUACUCUUGCUGGGAGGGAACUGAGGCCCAGCCAUCCGGGCUGAGAGAAGAGAGUAACAGUCCUCCUUUCCUCCUCAAAAUUGUUGCCCUGAGCCAUGGGGAGCUCCUUUCCUUCCCCUCUGCAAUAAAACUUUUUUCAGAGCAGAAAA